AGCACUAUCAACAAAAGAAAUGCCAAACUGGGGACUUAGACUGGGACAGUCAUUAACAGAACCCUGAAGAAUCAGGUCUCUGGGCAACAGGCCAGAUGACCAAUCAUGUCCUAGGCCUGGGGUUAUUGUCCAAGGUAAAUGUCUCUAUGACUACCAAAACCUUGACGACUAAAGUAAACAGAAGAUCCUGCUCAGACCAAGAUCUUAUCAAACAAGUCCGAAGACAUGUCUACAGAAAAGGUGUCAAAAAUAGAAGAGAAGUUUCAAAACACCCCAGGAUCUAAGAAGAUUGACAGGUGGCGAAAUUUGCAUACUCAGUGUCUGUGGCAGAUGACCCUGAGUCAGAGGAGAAAUCCAUACGCCGUCCUCAGGAUGCAGGAAAUCAUGCAACAGGAAUUGGUACUGAGCAGCAAGGAACUGCUGAGGGUUCGGCAAGCUGCCCUGCACCAGUUACUGGAAAAGGAGCAUCAGCAGUACCAGCAGGAACUCAAGCAGAUGGGUAAAGCGUUCUAUGUGGAGAGGAUGUGAUGAACCCCAACACACACCAAACCUGCCAAGCUCACCUCCAGAGCCCGACCACUUCGAGCCUCCUUCCUCAAAACUCCUGGAUCUGUCUAGCCUCUGCUCUUACUCCACUUCUCACUCUCACAUCAACCCCUGUUGCUCCGGAAAGCAAGUUGUGGAACAAUGGUAAAGACACGAGUGACGCCUUGUGGCCAGAAUGAGAGACACCGAUGAUGUCAGAAAGGGGAGGGAAGGUGGCGAGGUGGAAAAUGUUACUUAGAGGAUGCUGAUUUAAUAAAUAAAGUUAGCUUCUAAAGGUGCA